CCCUUGCGAUAGCAGACUCAUUACCAAAUCCUUUCUCACGGCCUCCCGAGACUCUUUUCUGCGCCUCGAGAGAGUGAGAUAGCGAUGGAAAUGGCUCUCAGUACGCACAGAGUUUCAUUUUCCUUCUCCAUGGCUAGUCCUUCUAGCCUUCGAAGGACCUCUUCUCCUCUUAUGUUUGCUAACCCACUAUUUGGCCUUCGCUUUUCUUCCUCACCGCCCACCAAACUGCCUCUGCAAUUUGUUUCCAGGAACUCUACACACGGGCCUAUCAAAUGCUCCGUUUCUGAAGCUACAGAACCCAAGACUGAGAAGAAGAAACAGCUGGAGAGAAGAAGAGACAUAAGAAACAUAGCAAUUGUGGCUCAUGUUGAUCACGGAAAAACAACUUUGGUUGAUGCGAUGCUGAAACAAACAAAGGUAUUUCGUGAUAAUCAGUUUGUACAGGAAAGAAUUAUGGAUUCAAAUGAUUUGGAGCGUGAAAGAGGAAUUACAAUACUAAGUAAAAAUACAUCUGUCACCUAUAAAGACACCAAGAUUAAUAUAAUAGAUACUCCAGGUCACUCUGACUUUGGAGGUGAAGUGGAGCGCAUUCUAAAUAUGGUGGAAGGAAUCCUUUUAGUGGUAGACUCUGUUGAAGGUCCAAUGCCACAGACCAGAUUUGUUUUAAAGAAGGCCCUAGAGUUUGGGCAUGCAGUUGUCGUCGUUGUCAAUAAAAUUGAUAGACCUUCUGCUCGGCCGGACUUCGUCAUCAAUUCUACUUUUGAACUGUUUCUUGAACUAAAUGCAUCAGAUGAACAGUGUGACUUCCAAACAAUAUACGCUAGUGGUAUAAAGGGACAAGCAGGACUAUCUCCUGAAAAAUUGGCUGAAGAUCUUGGCCCAUUAUUUGAAGCUAUAAUCAGAUGCAUCCCUGGACCACAUAUUGAAAAAGAUGGUGCACUGCAAAUGCUUGCUACAAAUAUUGAGUAUGAUGAACAUAAAGGGCGCAUAGCAAUUGGACGCUUGCAAGCUGGAGUAUUAGAAAAGGGCAUGGACGUCAGGGUAUGUACUACUGAGGAUUCAUGCAGAUAUGGAAGAAUCAGUGAGCUUUUUGUGUAUGACAAAUUCAGUAGGGUCCCUGCAGCACGUGUGGAGGCUGGUGAUAUAUGUGCUGUAUGUGGAAUUGCUGAUAUUCAGAUUGGGGAAACAAUUGCUGACAAAGUAUCAGGGAAGCCACUGCCAUCCAUCAGGGUGGAAGAACCUACAGUGAAAAUGUCUUUUUCUAUAAACACUUCACCUUUUGUUGGGCGGGAGGGAAAGUAUGUUACUAGUAGGAAUUUAAGGGACAGACUCUCUCGUGAGCUAGAGCGAAAUUUGGCCAUGAGAGUUGAAGAUGGUGAAACAGCAGAUACCUUUAUUGUCAGUGGUCGUGGUACUUUGCACAUAACCAUACUCAUAGAAAAUAUGCGAAGAGAAGGAUAUGAAUUCAUGGUAGGUCCUCCCAAAGUUAUAAACAAGAAAGUGGGUGACCAACUGCAGGAACCAUAUGAGAUUGCCACCGUGGAGGUACCAGAAGAACAUAUGGGAGCUGUUGUUGAACUUCUGGGCAAGAGGCGAGGACAAAUGUUCGAUAUGGAAGGAGUUGGAUCGGAAGGAACUACCCUACUCAAAUAUAAGAUUCCAACCCGUGGCCUUUUAGGACUGCGGAAUUCUAUCUUAACAGCUUCCCGUGGAACAGCAAUUCUCAACACUAUCUUUGAUAGCUAUGGGCCUUGGGCUGGGGACAUCAGUACUCGGGAUCAAGGCUCACUGGUUGCUUUUGAAGAUGGAACAAGUACUUCGUAUGCGCUUGCUAGUUCACAGGAGAGGGGACAGAUGUUUAUUGGUCCUGGAGUGGAUGUUUACAAAGGUCAAAUUGUCGGCAUCCAUCAGCGACCUGGGGAUUUGGCCUUAAAUGUUUGCAAGAAAAAGGCUGCAACAAACAUUCGUUCCAACAAGGAACAAACAGUGGUUCUCGACACACCACUGGAUUAUAGUCUGGAUGACUGCAUCGAAUACAUCCAAGAAGAUGAACUAGUAGAGGUCACUCCCCAAAGCAUCCGAAUGUGCAAGAAUCCUAAACUAGCCAAGAAAACAAGGUAGACUUUCCACCGUGAACCUGCAACUUGCGGGUGCUUUGUCCGGGGACCAUCUGUAUAUCCCGUUAAUAUUAUUGCUGGUCGUAAAAAGCCAAGCCACUUAUGGCUCCAUGUAAUACGAGAAAUUCUUCUCACCUGCUGCAAAAUAUAAGGGCCGGUGAUAAGCUGUUUUCUUUAUAGCAAUUGUUCAUGGAUUGAUUUGGAGGCACAGGGGCCUUGAAUUUUUGUUUACCUUAUAAAGGCGCUAGUGUUUAGCUGUAGGAAAGUCAAAUGAUGCAUUCUUUGUGAAAUGGUGAUUGAUGGAUAUUGUUAUAUACCAGACAAGUGCCUGAAAGCUAACGUCUGGGAUGAUUUGUAAAGCCAUAUCAGAUUAUUACUCUUGCGUCUGAAUAGCAUCUUCCGAGGCAUUAUAGUUACUUUCCCUAUU